AUGCUUCUUCACCAUCGGCAGAACGUAGAGAAUAUGCGCUGUGCGUAUGGCGUCGGUACGGAGGCUAGUGCUUCAGAUAAUUUGUCAGAGAGGCCACGAUCGACUGGCUCAAGCAGCUAUCAGUCAUACUCGACGAAGCAUACUCAAUACACCGGUAGCUCUGCGAAGAGACCAAUCCAUGUACAUUACGAUGACUACACCAGCAAGAAAAACUCCGAAUGGCGCUUCUUCGACGACCGGGUACCCGAGUCUAGUCCUCGUGCUUCCGUCGCCUCCGUUGCUUCUACCAUAGAGAGCGAAGCGGAGCCUGAGGAUGAGAUUCCAGUUUAUGAGCCGCCAGCAUGCAGAGCUACCCCGAGUGGGUCAAGAGUACUCGCUGCAACUCCUGCCGACUUCUCUGAGCUCUUUCCAUCACGACGACGAGUGCUCAUCCGCCAUGACGACUCCACUCCGGAUGGUAACAUGAAUCUGCGCCUCGAUACCGAAGUAUAUGCAGAUGGUCGACCCUGCGAUAUGACAUUAUUUCAUCUUCGUCUCCACGAUCUCAAAGCACGUGAGUUCUCCUUCCGUCGAUACUGUCGAGACUCUGGUCGGGAGGUGUGCCACACCAGCCGCAAACAGCACAAGGCACCCAAAAGACCUGGCUUCCAGCGCUCUCUUAGCGAUGCUUUGACCAAGAUGAGUAUUCGUCCUAAGUCGGAGUCAAGAGCGCCGACUCUGGAAAGUCUCAGACGGAAUGAUUCUGGUUAUGGCUCUUUGCACUCUGUCGACUUUGAGAAGGAAGAAAGGCCUCGCUCAGCUGGUCACGGUGCCUCUGAUGAUGCUCAGCUGUCGAAUGACACCAUCAAGCUCGAGUUCUCAAACUACGCCCAGGUAGAUGUGAAGCGUGUAGGGGCCAAGGGCAGCAAACGGUACGAAUUCGAGUACUGGGGCAUACUGUAUGCUUGGCGGAGAACAAUUCGGGACGAUGGCACGACCAGAGAGGUCUUAUUUCAUCUUACGAAGGACGGCAGCGAUCGUGCAUUGGCUGUCAUCGAGCCAUUGCCACUUUCGCACAGUCGUGCUGAGGUCGAGCAAAUGCAAGGCGGAUGGAUUGCUCCCUGUUCACUGCAGCUCGAAGACAGAAAUCUCGCCCAUGCGCCGAAAGAUACCGUCGAUGUCAUCGUGUCAUCUGGACUCAUCGCCCUGGUUGACGAUACUAUCCGAACACGAUUUCAGAAGAAGCACAGCAAACCCUACAUCUACAUGCCAUUGUCCAAGCAGAUGGGCAUCGAGUACGUGGGACCAAAACGCCUCAUUUCUGAGAUGUUCAGGCGCGAUUCGGACUCGAGCCAGCAGAGUCGGCCGUCAUCGAGCUGGCGUGGCCAUAGUGCCACAGCAUCGCAAACACCAGCGACUAUGUCCCGACAGUCGAGUUAUGCACGUUGA